AUGCCCACCGCAACAGCCAAAGUAAACGGCGUCACCGUCGCUGAGACUGACAGCUGGGAAACAGUUGAAGGGAAUAUCUACUUCCCGCCGUCGUCCGUCGAGAAGAGCUACCUCAAGCCCUCCAACACGCAUACUCACUGCGGGUGGAAAGGCACAGCCUCGUACUAUAAUAUUGAGGCAAACGGAAAAAACUUAUCCGACGCGGCUUGGUACUAUCCAGAGCCUAUGGAGAAGGCGAAACAUAUCGAGAACUACGUCGCCUUUUGUGGGUGUACCCUUCUCCUUGCUGAAUCGUUCAAGCUGCAUUACGGCAGAAACACCGGCAGAAUCGAGUACUGGAUGUAUAGCUGA